AUGGACGAGCGUCUGUUUGCCGAUAUGGAUCCAGAUGAGCGACUUCAUGGCCCUGGAGAGCCAUGUCAGAGCCCUGGUCUAUGGGCACAUAUGGCGACGCUGAUCGAAGUAUUCAGCCCAAUCCAGGAACUCAACUGGAAUGUGGCCAACAGCAAGGGGUUGCAUCUAGAUCAAACUGAGCAGGAUACCUACCGCCUCGCACAACUUUUGGAUACCUGGGAAAAUGCACUUCCACAGGAUGUCCAGUUGACGGAGUCGAACCUCAUAGAGCACAGCAAACGGGGCACCGGGGGCAUCUUCAUGGGCCUCCAUCUUGGCUUUCACCACUAUGCGACCUUGCUUUUCUACCAGUAUCUCGACACACGAUCAACGACGACUAUUCGUUCUCGUCAAUUUGCAGCUCGAUGUAAACAUCAUGCUCUGAGCUACAGUACCUGGCUCGCGCGUGGAAGACAGCAAUCCGGAUGUGAGGCCGUGUAUCCAACUGUCGGCCACAUGGCGAUUGUCUCCUCUUCCGUCCUUCUCCAUACUCUCCUUUUCGGCGAAGAGAAUGAACUUUCACAGUCACGUCAGUGCCUCGAAGCAAACUUCGAGGCACUGCUCGAGUUGGAAGAGUUCUGGCCCAUUGUCAAAAUCAUGGUGAAUUUUUUGCUAUUGUCGAGAAACGGGACCUUUUUCCUCUUGCUAACAAUGCACUCCAGAUAA